CCUCCUUGUCACCCACCACACACAUCAUGUCUCUCCCCGACUUCAGCACGCCCGCCGGCCUCACCGCCCUCGAGAAGGUCCUCUCCGACCGCUCGUACAUCGACGGCUACACCCCGUCGCAGGCCGAUGUCUCGGUCUACGAGUCCGCCGGCAAGGCCCCGGACGCCGGCAAGUACCCGCACGCUGCGCGCUGGUACGAGCACAUUGAGAGCUACAAGGCCGAGCACAAGAGCCUGAGCGGCGACGCCGCCAAGGCCAUCGCUGCCCUCGCCGCUGUCGCUCCCGCCUCUGCCCCGGCCACCACCGGCGCCGACGCCGAGGACGACGACGAUGACGUCGACCUGUUCGGCUCGGACGACGAGGUCGACGAGGAGGCUGAGCGCAUCAAGGCUGAGCGUGUGGCCGCCUACCAGCAGAAGAAGUCUGCCAAGGGCCCCGGCCCGGCGGCCAAGUCGAUCGUCACGCUCGACGUCAAGCCGUGGGACGACGAGACGGACAUGGCACAGCUCGAGGCCAACCUGCGCACCAUCGAGCAGGACGGCCUCGUCUGGGGUGCGUCCACGCUCGUGCCCGUCGGCUACGGUGUCAAGAAGCUGCAGAUCACCAUCGUCGUUGAGGACGAGAAGGUCUCGCUCGACGACCUGCAGGAGAAGAUUGCCGAGGACGAGGACCACGUGCAGUCGACUGACAUUGCUGCCAUGGCCAAGAUCUAAAAGCCUGUGCUUGUGAUGGCUGCGACUGGAAUGUGAUUCACGUAAC